GAAAAUGACUAUCUACAAAGUACUCUUUAAUUUAAUCGGCCUUGAUUCAACGGUCACUGAUCAGAUUAGGAACAGAAGAACGCCCAACGACGACGACACUGGAAGAGCCGAACAAUCUUCGUCAACAAGUCGUGUUCCGGAUUCAAACAUGAGCCGCGAACCAUUGGUCGAUAAUAGUGCCGGCCCCUCGCAAUCUACAACGGAAGAGCAAUCACACCAAUCAGGCAAUACUGGUCAUGCUGAGCCGUCAGGUUCUGCUAUUAUCGAGAUCUCGGAUGAGGAAAGUAAUGGGCCUUCAGGAUCUUCGAAUGCAGCACUACCCGCCGAAAGAAAAAGGAAGAUUGGCGGUGAAAUGACCCUUUACAAAUUGCGUUUUAGUCUAGUUGGGACAAAUUCGACGGUCAAUGAUCAGACUGGAUCUACGAUAAAUAACAACGACGAGAAUAGGGAGGACACCGGGAGAGCUGGACAACAUACGUCACCGACUAGUGUUUCACGUCCAAACGUGACCAGCGCGUCCAAUCAAAACAUCCGUAAAUUGACGGAUCGAAUUAACAGCGUACAAUGCUGGGUGACAAAUAGGCCACUCCCAAAUAACUUCAAUUCUGGGCAGAAUCAGCGUUCGGAUUCUAAUAUUAUAGAGAUCUCGGAUGAGGAGAGUAAUGCAUCCGCAGCAGGACCUUCGUCUCGGGCAUCAGUUAAUGCACAACGCCCGAUCGAAAAUACAAGGAAUGACGAAAUGACGUUAUACUCCUAUUCGUUAAAACUAAAAGUCGCUCGUGAAAACACGAAUUUUUUCACUGACCAGAGUACAUACAGGUUAAGGAACAGGAACGAAGAAAGUGAAGAAGAAACUGAGGAAAUUGUUCCGCCACAAAAUGUGAUCUCUCAAGAAGUGAUCAAUAAAUUGAUCGAUUCAUGCGAUGAACUGUCUCAGUCAAAUAUUAGAUCAGAAACACAGCCAGCCAAUUCACAGGGUCCACAAUCGGAUACAAAUGUUAUAGAAAUCUCGGAUGAUGAGACGUCCUCAGGACCUUCUGCAAUGGCACCACCGAAUGCUUCACAAACUAUCGAAAAGGGUAACUCCUCGCAUGAAAAAAAAAUUAAACAAGAGAAGGAAGAUUCCGAGCAAGAUGACGAUGCUCAAGCUUAAACUUGUUUUCGAAGACGCGAUGCUCGUCCCUUCAUUAAAGGGAAAAUAAUGCAAUGGGCGACAACGAUGACUAAAAGAGGAUGCUGAGGAAGUUGGUGUAUGUUCGUCACUCGGAUCCUUGCCUAAUCAGCAAAACAUUGAUCGAGUCACACGCAAAUAAGGCCAACUCGGGACAGGGUCAACUCACAGAUUCUACUGUUAUAGAGAAUACGGCUACUAUGACGAGUACAUCAUGUCAAGAUCGACCAUCUUCACCAGCACCAUGACCCUUUGAAAAGAUCAACUCCUUAUAAGAAAAGCAAUACAAACAAGAGAUGAAAUAUUGGUGAUAAUGUGACUAAGUUUAACGUGAGCAACGCUUGCCUGACACUGAAAAAGAUAAAGGAUUAGCCUUAAGGUCGACCUUAAAGACUCGAUUUUCGUCAUGGGUCA